AUGAAACCUCUGCACUUCCAUGGAGUGCUCAUCCUCAUCAUGUGCAGCUGUUGUACGUUCGCAGAUUUCCAGGAUAUCGUAAAUUCCCUGCAAGCACAGAAGCACCUGCUAAAAACAGGUUACAGCCUUUGCUCUGAUGGUGUAGCUUCUCUGGGAUACUACAAUGGCACAAUUUCUGUAACAGAGUCUGGUGCAGAAUGUCUGAAUUGGUCCGAGUUUCCUGAUUACAUUCAGCAGUACCCUGGUCGAGGACUGGGGAACCAUAACUACUGCAGGAACCCUGAAGGAGGAAGGACACCAUGGUGUUUUUUAUCGGCAACCUUCAGGGAUGAUAAGCUGGGCACACUGUGACUGCAGCCAUGGUGCCAUUCGCCUGUUGGGUGAUCAUCUUACCAAGAGUGGUGGAGUACAGCUGUAUCUAAAUGGGGUUUGGGGAUCAAUAUGUGCAGAUCACUGGACCGAUUGGGAUGCAAGUGUGGUGUGUAGACAGCUUGGAAUCAGUGAAAUUGGCACAGGCAAAAAAAUCUCAGACUAUGGAUUAUGGAAUAACCCUGUACAUCUUAAGUCUGCUAAUUGUCGAGGGGAUGAAUAUGCCCUACUACACUGUAGCUACAGCCAGGGCAAGGACUGCAGACACAGGAUGGUAGCAGCAGUUACAUGCUCUCCCCCUCAAGGUUUAAAGCCGCCCCUUCGAUUGGUGGGAGGAAAGGACCACUUUGAGGGCCGUGUUGAAGUGUUUUUUAACAGUCGGUGGGGAACAAUCUGUGAUGACCGGUGGGAUGACAAAGAUGCUGAAGUUAUUUGCCGACAGCUGGGAUUUAAGGGCAAGCCGAAAGCCUUGGUGUGGGCACACUAUGGACAAGGCUCAGGUCCUAUAUUACUUGAUGAAGUGGAGUGUUUAGGAAAUGAAACUUCAUUAGACCUUUGUAAGAAGAAUGAAUGGGAACAUCACAACUGUGACCAUAUUGAAGAUGCUGGAGUUUCCUGUAACCCUUAUGUAGAUGGUGCACUAAAAUUGACUGGAGGGAAGGAGGCUGGUGAAGGAAGGCUGGAAAUAUUUUACAAGGGAGAAUGGGGUACAGUUUGUGAUGAUGGAUGGACUGAACUUAAUGCCCAGGUGGUCUGCAGGCAGCUUGGUUACAGUGGUCCUUCUAACUUGGCAUCAAAGUUGAAGUAUGGAGCUGGAGAAGGACUGAUUCUUCUGGAUGAUGUGUCUUGCACAGGCAAAGAGCGCACUCUAGUGGACUGUACACGUAGUAGCUGGGGCCAGCAUGACUGCUCUCACUCUGAGGAUGUGGGAGUGCAGUGCUCCAAUGACACCAAUGACAUCUUUGAAAUAUUACCAACAGGGCCUCCAAUUCGUUUGAUGGAUGGGGAGAGCACCAAAGAAGGCAGAGUGGAGAUAUUCCUCAAUGGAGAGUGGGGCAGUGUGUGUGACGAUGGCUGGACAGACAAGGAUGCGGUGGUGGUCUGCCGGCAGCUUGGCCACAGGGGUCCUGCCAAAGCCAGGACAAUGGCUUACUUUGGUGAAGGACAAGGUCCAAUUCACCUGGAUAACGUAGACUGCAAUGGCACAGAAACCACACUGGCAGAAUGCAGGAAGCAGGACAGUGGAAUCCACAACUGCUGGCACAGUGAAGAUGCUGGUGUUAUAUGUAAUUAUGCAGAGAAGAAAGCCAUUGGACUGAAGGACGCAAAAUUUGCCCUAUGUGGUAUUAGUCUUGUGACUCGACGAAAGAAAAGAAUUGUUGGUGGAACCAAGUCAGUCAGGGGGAUUUGGCCAUGGCAAGCUUCUCUGAGGCUUAAGGGAUUUCAUACAGAAACUCGUUUACUAUGUGGAGCAACACUCAUCAGCAGUUGCUGGGCCUUAACAGCUGCUCACUGCUUUAAGAGGUUUGGAGAGAAGCCACACCGAUAUUCUCUCAGAGUAGGCGAUUACCAUACUGGUGUAGAGGAUGACUUUGAAAGAGAACUUCCUGUACAGAGGAUUGCCGUACACAAGAAGUAUCAUUCUGGCAGCAAUGACAAUGAUAUUGCAUUGGUGAGAGUUCAGGGGAAGGAACACCAGUGUCUUGCCUUCAGUGACCAUGUGCUGCCCAUCUGUCUGCCAGAGAGGAAGGAGAAGGCAUCUUACCAGAAGCCAUGCUUUAUCUCUGGAUGGGGGGACACAGGAACAUCCUACUCCAAGACACUUCUUCAAGGUGCUAUUCCAAUACUUCCCAAGGAGUCCUGUGUUUUGCGCUACAAGGGAAAAUUUACAAAUCGUAUGGUUUGUGCUGGAGAUCUAUCUGAAGAGAAUCGAGUAGACAGCUGCCAGGGGGACAGUGGAGGCCCACUCAUGUGCCAAAACUCAAAUGGACAUUGGGUUAUUGUAGGGAUAACAUCCUGGGGUUAUGGGUGCGGACGAAAGGGCUAUCCUGGAGUGUACACAAAGGUAAGCAGGUUCACCCCCUGGAUCAGAAGGGUUACAAAACUGAAAUGA